GGCGUAGCCGGCACCGCCUAUCUGCGUCCCGGAAGGAGCGAGCUUGCGGCGCGAGAACCAGUGAGUGAAGGCGGCGCCGCCCGCCGGCCGCAGGUGCGGCAAAGCCAGUGUCAUCUGGGCUCUUGGGACUCCCGGAAAGAAGGAGGGCGAGCCGUGUGCAUUCGCGCCGCGCCUCCUUGCGUUUCUGUUCCCCAAAUAGGGCCUCUCCUUCUCCCGCCGCCCAGGCCCCUGCGUGGGCUGGACGCGUCAGCCCCACACAUUAGCCUCGCUGCGGCGCCCAGACUCUGCCUUGCCUCCCCGUCCCGGUCCCUGGCCCCUGCCCUGUCGCCCGCCGCCGGAGCGGUGACAGCCCGGCCCGCCGUUCUUCUGCUGCCGCCGCUGCCGGCACCAUGGGCAGUGAGCAGAGCUCCGAGGCCGAGAGCCGACCCAACGAUCUGAACUCCUCAGUGACUCCUUCACCAGCCAAGCAUAGAGCCAAGAUGGAUGAUAUUGUGGUUGUAGCUCAGGGCUCCCAGGCCUCACGGAACGUCAGCAACGAUCCCGACGUCAUCAAGUUGCAGGAGAUUCCAACCUUCCAGCCCCUUUUGAAAGGGCUAUUGAGUGGCCAGACUUCCCCAACAAAUGCCAAAUUGGAGAAACUGGACUCUCAGCAGGUGUUGCAGCUCUGCCUCCGAUAUCAAGAUCACCUGCAUCAGUGUGCAGAGGCCGUUGCUUUUGACCAGAAUGCUUUGGUUAAACGAAUCAAAGAGAUGGAUCUCUCUGUAGAAACUCUGUUCAGCUUCAUGCAGGAGCGCCAGAAGAGAUACGCCAAGUAUGCUGAGCAGAUCCAGAAAGUGAACGAGAUGUCCGCCAUCCUCCGCCGCAUACAGAUGGGCAUCGACCAGACCGUGCCCCUGCUGGACAGGCUCAACAGCAUGCUGCCCGAGGGCGAGCGGCUGGAGCCCUUCAGCAUGAAGCCCGACCGCGAGCUCAGGCUGUAGCUGCUGCCCGGCCUGCCUAGGGCUGGGAGCCCCAGACGCCGACACCCUGAGGACGUGUGGAGCCAAGGUCAUAUCACCUGACCAGGUCUGGAGGCUAGCGGGAGGCUCCCUGAAAGUGGGUGCGAAGGAGUCUGGCUGGCGUGAAAAUCUGACUUUGCCCAACUCUUUUCCUUGAUGCAGUUUCCCUAUGUGGAAGGAACCUAACCAGUUCUCGGUGAUAACUGCAGCUGGAACAUGUGAAUUAUUAGGAAUUCUUUGAAGAACUCUGCAUUGAGAAUGAUUUUUAUUUAGUUUUUUUUUUUUUAAUUGAGAGUAUAUAGUCCAGUCCAGGUACUGGAAUAAAAAUACGGAGACAAGGGGAGAAAUAUUUUAAGAAGCUCUGUGUUCUCAGUGCUCUCAUGAACGUUUCAGUAGGCUGUCUGGUUUAUGUGUGGUUACCUUGAAAAACUAAUUGAAUCUAGGUCUCUGUGUUGUUCCUGUUUCUACCUGACUGUUGCCGUCACACCAAGCCCUUAUCUGGGGCACGUCUUCCUGCCCAGGUGGAACACUGGCGUUUUGUUGACUAUCAGGUUAGGUGUGUCCCUUAGUCGUCAUCAGAAACUGAAGCCUGCCUUUCCACACCCUCAUCAGAUUCAUCUCCACUGAUAACCGGUUUCCUUGAUGCAGACAUAGUUUAGCUUUCUUUGAUUGCAGAGAUCUCUCAUUCCACAGACAUUUCUCGAACCCAUUUGAUGUGUCCGAUAUUGUGCCAGGGAUACAAAUAUGGCCGUAUAGCCUCAGGCCUUCUGAAAAGAAAAAAACUCAAAAAGCUGCUGAAUUUCUCUGGGAGUUUAGGAAACGAAGUUAUUUGAGUAACAACAAAAGUGCUUAGUGUCGUACUUUGCACAUCAUAGGUGUUCUAAUGGAAGCAAGGACUGGAGAAGCAAAGAAUGGAAUGUGGGGAGCAGACCUAGGCAGACACCUUGAGACUAAAAGCCAGAGCUGAAGGGAGUCGCUGGGGCCGGGAUGGCAUGCGGCCUGUACCCUGUUCCCUAUGUUCCUGCAAGCGUCGGGAGGUGUUUUCAGAUACCAGAAAGAGCCUUUAGUAGAUUCACAAGAUUAAAAUUGAUCCACUCAAUUUAAUGUAUCUCGGCUAAACUUGAUCUGAUUCUAAUCUUGGUUUGAGACAGGGUCUUGCUCUGUUGCUUAGGCUGGAGUGCAGUGGCGCAAUCAUAGCGCACUGCCUCCUCAAACUCCCAGGCUCCGGUGAUCCUCACGCCUCAGAUUCCUGAGUAGCUGGGAUUACAGGUGUGUACCACCAAAUCCUGCUAAUUAAAAAAAAAAAAAAAUUGAUUUUACGUUUUCAAAUUUGAAAGAAUAAUACAAUGAAUAUUCAUAUUUCUUUCACCUAGAUUGACAAAAAGUGGUAUAUUUAAGACAUCACCAUCAUUGUCUUUCUUCUGGAGCAUACAGAACCCAGUUCUGAACACAGGGAUAUGUUUGUAGCUUCGAAGAAUGAAGGGCUGUUUACAGAGCUACAAAAAUAGUUCAGGUGCCAUUAUCCUCACUGCACUUAAUAGAGGUGAUGCAUGAAAGCACAGAGUGGGCGGCAGUUCAAGCCUGCGAGGGACGAGCCUUUCCACUGCCGCAGCAGUUAGUGGCUGGCGCAGGGCAGGAUGGCAGACCCAGCGCAGCACAAACAAACCGCACAGUCAGCCAGCUCUCCAGCCAACUGUGUCUACUUCUAAAGUAGAAGUUAGACAAAACAUGGGGUUCACUUAGAUUGGGGUCCUGAGUAGGUAAGUGAUAGGCUACUUAUUACUGGGUGGAAGCAGAGAAGUAUGGCAGAAGAACAAUAGGCAAAUUCAAUACUUCUGGAAAGAAUUCUAGUUAAUUUAAUAUUUUGAUGGCAUGUUGUGGUUUCUGAACUGUGUUCCCAGAAUUCCCUUCCUUGUUUGUUUCUCUGGUGAGGGAGAAAUUUGCAUGAGGUUUGGAAGUGGAAGUAGAGCAACACCAUGCGUAUUCACUGGAAGUCAAUGUAGGUCAGGCCCUGUUCCAUCGCGUGCACGUUACCAUGGAUCUCCUGCACUUGUGGUGUGGGCAGCCGCUGGGCCCACGGCUCCUCCCACUCCCGCAGAACUCUGCCUUUGGCUUUUCCAAACCCUGGGCCAGGUAUGAGAACCAGCUUCUUGGUCUGCAGCCACAAGGAUGAAGGUUUGGGGAUGAGAGAUCAGCGCGGGCUCUGAUGAGAGACAGGUGCAGGUCCCGGCUUGUGGCUUGCAGGUCUCGGUUGUAGUUGCUCUCCCUCACCUUCCUUUCCAACCGCCUGGCCUAUGGUCUGGUGAAGAAGAAACAGCCGAACCGAGACUUUUACCAGCCCCUCUAAUUGCUUAGGUCAAACCCCUUUCACAAUCCUCUCUUUCUACGUCAUUCCUAGUGGUUCUUCUCUGAUGGAACCUCUGACUGGUAACAUGGCAUUAGCAGUCCUUUCCCUCUCAUGUUUUGCUAUUUCCUGAUGGAACCUGGGAGUCUGAGUGAUUUGUAUUUCAAGAGGCAGUUAUGCCGGAUCUCUCUGUUGGUUAAUAACCCAUGACCUGUCUGGCUGUUAUGGGAUAUUUCAGGGAUAGGGGUUGUGAAAGAGCCUCGGCUGGACGUUUCUAGCCUUAAUCUUUGGCAAGCCAUUUCCUUUCCCUGAGCCUCAGUUUCCACCUUCCUACAGCGUGAGCAGGUCUGGGUGGGCUCUCAAGGCCCUUUCAGCUCUAAGAUUCCAAGUCUGUGAUUCUGAUACAUCUUGACUACAAUGAGCGUGUUUACCUGUCAUCUCUGAGCAGUGGCUCUAGGUCUUGGUAGUGACUUUAAAUUCCGAGCUCCCAAGGUACGGCUGCUUUUCUUCCUUUUAAUUAUAAAUUAGCUGUUCAUUGACUGCUGCUUUCUAGAGGCUGUUUUGCUUAUCUCGCGAUCUAUUCAUUUCUGUUGAUGAACACUGUCAAAUAGGCCUCUAUCUGCAGUCUCCUGGUUUCCCUGGUCAAAGUGGAAGGUUGAUAGAAACUGGCCUUCACUCCUUGUGUUAGGUGUAUAUAUAAAUUUAUAAUAAAUGGGCCGGGUGCAGUGGCUCAUGCCUGUAAUCCCAGCACUUUGGGAGGCCGAGGCGGGCAGAUGAUGAGGUCAGGAGAUCGAGACCAUCCUGGCUAACAUGGUGAAAUCCCGUCUCUACUAAAAAUACAAAAAAUUAGCCAGGCAUGGUGGCGGGUGCCUGUAGUCCCGGCUACUCGGGAGGCUGAGGCAGGAGAAUCGCCUGAACCUGGGAGGCAGAGGUUGCAGUGAGCUGCCUCCAGUGAGCCAAGAUCGUGCCACUGCACUCCAGCCUGGGCGACAGAGUGAGAUGCCAUCUCAAAAAAAAAACCAAAAACAAACAUAUAUGUGUGUAUGUGUGUGUGUGUGUAUAUAUAUAUACACACACACACACACAUACACACAUAUAUAUACACACAUACAUAUAUACACAUAUAUAUACACACACACAUAUAUAUACACACACACACACAUACACACAUAUAUAUACACACAUACAUAUAUACACAUAUAUAUACACACACACACACAUACACACACACACACAUAUAUAUAUAUAUAUAUAAUGACUGUGGAGUUAAGAGCAAGUGAUAGUGUAGCCUUUACUUUACAGAUUUCAUGUCUUUGUUUCCCUCAAAGUUUUAUUCUUAGUAACUCUAUGUAUGGUUUUAUAGACUACAUAUAUAUAGUCUCCUGUGUCUUAGAUGAUAACAUCCUUAAAAUAUGAAAUAUAUUUUGAACCUAGAUACCUACCCAGUGUUCUCUGUGCAGAGUAAAUAUUUCAUUAAAUGAGUUUCAAGGACUCCAUACCCUGAUAUAGGAGUACAUUCAAGAAAUGAGUUUAGGCCGGGCGUGGUGGCUCACACCUGUAAUCCCAGCACUUUGGGAGGCCGAGAUGAGUGGAUCACCUGAGGUCAGGAGUUCCAGACCAGCCUGACCAACAUGGUGAAACCCCAUCUCUACUUAAAAAAAUACAAAAAUUACCCAGGCAUGGUGGCUUGUGCCUGUAAUCCCUGCUACUUGGGAGGCCAAGGCGGGAGAAUCGCUUGAACCUGGGAGGCGGAGGUUGCAGUGAGCCAAGAUCUUGCCAUUGCACUCCAGUCUGGGCAACAAGAGUGAAACUCUGUUUAGAAAUGAGUUUAGUCUGGGAGAAUCUGCUUUUUGAGUAAAAAAGUUUGAUUUUGUGUA